AUGGCUGAGCCUGCUAUAACCGAAUCGGUGGCGGGUAUCGUCCAAUCCUUUCAAUCAAUGAACCACCAUGGAAAGUCCGAACAGCAGUAUCAAGACAUUUUCAGGGGAUCGGUCAGCCUCCUACGCAAACGACUUGAUAACGGUGUAGACCGGCCGUUGCCUGCUUGCGACCCAGCCCCGGCGGAUAGAAACGCAACAGACAUACGGAACGAAACUCCGUACCGAUUGGGACAAUCUCUCUUGCCCGGAUUACGAGGAGAGCUGCAAUCAUUAUCACUCGCCUUGAGCUCACCCAGCUCGCAAAAUGACUGUAGCUCCUGGUACGACGGUAUUUUGGACACCUUGAUGGAAAUCGAUGACCUUGUGGAUCGAAUUGAUGCGUCGAUCAUCGCGAUUCGAGCCGACCACAAACCCUGGAAUCCGCAUCGCGGAAUGUACCAACAUAUGCCAUACUUGGAUCCCUCUCGCAUCAGAAGCCUUGUAUGCCAGGUCAAAGAGCUCUUCGAAACAGAACUUCUUCAAGUCGUUACGACAUGCAGCACGUUUUUUGAUGAUGGGUUCAGUCUCUCCAACCCAUCGACUUACAACCUCUCGAUUACUAAAGGAACCAAUGAUUGCGCUCGAAUGACCGCGAUAUCCACGGAUAAAAUCAAUGCCUUGAUUCAAUGGCUCCACACCUCUAUGAUCAAACUUGUGGAGCAAGAAUGGCAGAAGCUGGUCGAGCAUGUUGACGACUCAAUCGAAUCGGUUCUUCUAGACAUACGUAGGCAUCCGCUCGACCCCUAUUAUGACGAACCGGAUGAAGAGACUUUGCAGUUCAUCGAAAUAUACGAAAAGCCACAAAAGGAUAUAUUUCGAGCCGCGGUUCCGCUCCUGAAGCUGUGUCGCAUAUAUUUAAACCAGCUUGCGCGACGAUCAAUCAGCACCCAGCGUUUAAUAUUUCUUGAUCCAUCGAUGCAUAUAGACAUGGACCAAUUAAAAAAGUUAUUCAAAUCAACCCACCAAGCCGUAUCUGAUAUAUCUGAAUUCAUUCUCGCGAUAGAUGCCGGCUGCGAAAAAGAGCACUUUGUUGAGGCGGCAAAAAUGCUUCUAGAUAACGUAGUUGGAGUUGGAGGUUUGUCGCCACUCUUGCAGGAAUAUUGGGACUCUUUGUUGGAAAGCACCGAUCCGGGAGUCAAUGGGGAAGUGCUUUGCCAAGCUCGUCAGUGGCUCAAAUCUUGGACGGAACAGUUCAUAUUGGGGAUUCUAAAUUUCGCGGUAACUACGAACGAUCCGCACUGGAGAUAG